AAUUUAAUGCAUAAAAAAAUUAGAAUCAGUCAACUCGAGCAUGACUUAAACACCUCUCGGCAUCUAAUUAAAAGGAGAUUCUCCUCUUGAUUUCUUCAUCUCUCCUCGGGCCAAAAACAAAAUGAGCAGCAGCAGCGACAAAUAUCUCUCUCUCUCAAACUUAUCUUUAUUCACACCUCUGCACCUCUCCUUCCUGUUCCUCCAUCUCACCAUCCUUGUAACCGGGGAUUCACCACCACCUUACGACCCUGUUGAUAGCAUAGCGCUUGAUUGUGGUUCAUCCUCCCAGAGUUUUGUAAGCGGUAGGCAAUGGACUGCAGACAUCAACUCAAAAGUGGCCCUUCUAGAUCAAGACAGCCCCUCAUCAAAUUCCACUGCAAAUGGUGCCUCCACUAGCUCUGUACCAUAUCAUACUGCUCGUGUCUCUCACUCCCAAUUCACCUACACAUUUCCUGUCAAAACAACAGGACCUAAGUAUGUUCGCCUCUAUUUCAAUCCAGCUUCCUACACUGGUUUCAACAGGUCUAAAGCAUCUUUUUCUGUCACAGCCGGUCGCUAUACCUUUCUUAGCAACUUCAGUGGCAUCCAUUACACUGACCCUCUUGGUGAACGAGGUUACGCCAGAGAAUUCAUCUUAAAUGUUGAAGGUGAGCAGAAAAAUUUGAGCGUAGCGUUCACGCCAAGUCCUCAUGUAGCUGGUGCAUAUGCGUUCAUCAACGGGAUUGAAAUCGUAUCCAUGCCCACCAAUCUUUAUUACACGACUGCGGGUGACCCAGGUCUGCAUUAUGUUGACAAGGACUUCCAUUCUCCCCUUCAAAAAGAAACUGCUUUAGAGCUUAUGUACCGAAUAAAUGUGGCGGCGAAUUACAUCGAACCCAACAAAGACAGUGGCAUGUUUCGAAGUUGGCUAAACGACGUGGAUUACUUGACGGAUGCUAGACCGAGCGUUUAUCAAUAUAAUGGCACUAUUCAACUUCAGUAUAAUAACCUCACUCGCUAUGCUGCACCUGAUGCACUCUAUCGAACUGCUAGGACCAUGGGGAACGAUACGACUGUAAAUAAGGAAUACAAUAUGACUUGGGAGUUUCCGGUCCAAUCGACAUUCACCUAUUUUGUUAGGCUUCAUUUCUGUCAGUUUAUACCGAUUAUUUCGCGGGAAGGCGAUCUAAUCUUUCAAAUAUAUAUCGCUAAUCAAACUGCCGAGCUUUACGCAGAUAUAAUUUCUUGGGCUGAUGGAAAUGGGGUUCCCAUAUACAAAGAUUAUGGCGUGAUGAUGCACGCCGGAGGAAUCGAGGAGGUACAGAAUUUGUCGAUUGCAUUGCACCCUAGUCCACAGUCAUUCAGUUUCCCUGAUGCAAUGUUGAAUGGAGUUGAAAUCUUCAAAUUGAGCAAAUCAGACAAUCUUUCCGGACCAAAUCCUGGUGUAUUGAUGGAUAGCCCCAUUAGUAAUACUCCUCCUAGCGCGACAUCAACAAAACCAAAGCAUAGUCGAAGAGGAAUAGGCACCAUUAUAGGUGCUGCUGUUUCGGGUUUUGUUGUCGUCUCUUUCCUAUUUUUCUUGAUUUUCUGGAGAAGAGUCCAAAAACUCAAGGACUGGGUUUCCGGUGAUGGAGCUUCAAAGUUAAGCCCUCUCGUUUCCUGGCCAACAAAGUCAAUAGAGACCCAGAGGUCAUCUCUACCUUCUGAUCUUUGCCACCAUUUCUCGCUAGCUGAGAUCAUAGCAGCUACAAACAACUUCGACGAUUCGUUCAUUAUUGGUGCUGGUGGCUUUGGUAACGUGUACAAAGGAUUAUUUGAUGGUGGAGUCAAUCGUGCUGCGAUCAAGCGAUUGAAUCCAAGUUCACGGCAGGGUGCAACCGAGUUCAGGACAGAGAUCGAGAUGCUCUCCCAGCUUAGAUUCCGCCAUUUGGUUUCUCUAAUUGGUUACUGUAAUGAUAAUAAUGAGAUGAUCCUGGUGUAUGAUUUUAUGGCUCGGGGGACGCUUCGUGAUCAUCUCUACAGAACUGAUAAUCCUCCACUUUCAUGGACUCAACGCCUAGAGAUUUGCAUCGGUGCUGCCCGUGGGUUGCAUUACCUUCACACAGGUGCCAAGCACACUGUCAUUCAUCGUGAUGUGAAGACAACAAAUAUCUUGCUGGAUGAGAAAUGGGUGGCCAAAGUUUCGGAUUUCGGAUUGUCCAAAACAGGCCCUACGAGCACAUCCAAGGGCCACGUGAGCACCGUUGUGAAAGGCAGCAUAGGAUACUUGGAUCCCGAAUAUUGUCAACGCCAGCAAUUGACAGAAAAAUCUGAUGUCUAUUCGUUUGGAGUUGUGUUGUUCGAGGUAUUGUGUGCUAGACCAGCAAUAAACCGAUCAGCAGUGCCAGCAAGUCUAGCAGAGUUGGCUAGACAAAGCCACAGCAACGGAACGAUUAAUGAAAUCAUUGAUCCGUAUCUGGAUGGAAAGAUCUCACCAGAUUGUCUGAAAAACUUUGUUGAUGUUGCAGUGAGAUGCUUGCUCGAGAAUGGAAUCGAAAGGCCAUCGAUGACCGAUGUGGUUUGGGGCCUCGAGUUUGCAUUGCAACUGCAAGAGAGCGCAGAAGAGUAUGUCAAAGGGGCUCAAACUGAGAAAGAAGUUGACAUGGAGAGUCCUCUGAAAGGCUACUCAAUCGAUGACAGCAGUAACUUGUUUAGUACUGGCAGUGAACUAGUUGUGAAUUCCCGCAUUUUGGAAAUGGCAACAACAAGCAGCAGCGACGGACAGAGUUUUCUAAGCAACGAUUCGGAGAAAAUGAUGUCUGGUGCUGUGUUCUCUGAGAUCAUGAACCCAAAGGGGCGAUGAGAAGCAAGCUAGUUAGCAUGCUGUGAUAGUAUAGGCCUAUCGAUGCAUAUGUAUGCAUUACUUGUUUGAAUAAUUUUGGUAGUGAUAAUUACUGUGUCUGAUAGAAUGAUUUUAUUGCAGUACUCUGCAUAUUCAGCAUUAAUUGGAACCAAAUUUUCAUGUUAUUUGA